GCCUUGGAUGGGGAGAGAUACCAAGAGGCAGACGAAUACGUGAACGUGUGCCAGAGUGGGUUGAUGAUGUACCGAGAGACGCACGACAAGCUGUUUGAGCAUCAGAAGGAAGGUGUUUCCUUCCUGUACAGCCUCCACCGCGAUGGAAGGGAGGGCGGCAUUCUGGCGGACGACAUGGGCUUGGGAAAGACCAUCCAGGUGAUCGCUUUUCUCUCGGGGAUGUUUGAUGGUGGCCUUGUGCGGUCCGUCCUGCUGGUCAUGCCAGUCACCCUCGUUAACAACUGGAUGCGAGAGUUUGUCAAGUGGGCCCCCGGAAUUCGGGUGAAGAUCUUCCACGGGACCAGCAGGAAGGAGCGCAGCCAAAAUCUAGAACGUGUCCAGAGCCGGAAGGGGGUCUUGCUCACCUCCUACCAGAUGAUCCUCGCCAACCAGGAACAGGUCUCCACUUUUAACGAGGAGACGUUCGUCUGGGACUACAUCAUCCUGGACGAGGCGCAUAAGAUCAAGACCCCGUCGGCGAAAACCACCAGAGCAGUGCAUGCCAUUCCGGUCAAAAACCGCAUCCUCCUCACGGGGACGCCCGUCCAGAACAACCUCCGGGAGCUUUGGGCCCUCUUUGACUUCGCAUGCCAAGGGACUCUGCUCGGCACAGCCAAAACCUUCCAGAUGGAAUAUGAAAAUCCCAUCACAAAGGCCAGAGAGAAGGACGCGACUCCCGGGGAGAAAGCUCUGGGACUUAAGAUCUCAGAGAACCUGAUGACUAUCAUUCAGCCAUAUUUCCUGCGGCGAAGUAAAGGCGAAAUACAGAAGCUGGAGGCUGAGCAAGCCUCCAGCCCCGGCCGAGGGGAGGGGUCCAUUGCUCUGGAAAUGCCUUCUCUCCCAAGAAAGAAUGACUUCAUUGUGUGGGUUUACCUCGCCCCCACGCAAGAGGAGAUCUACCGGAACUUCCUCUCCUUGGAUCACAUCAAGCGAUUGCUCAUGACAACACGUUCCCCGCUGGCUGAACUGACGGUCUUGAAGAAACUGUGCGACCACCCCAGGCUGUUGCCUGCCCAAGCCUGCAUCCAGCUCGGCUUGGAGGCUUCGGACUAUUCCAAGCACGGAGAGGAUGAGGAUGGGGCGACUCCAGGCAUAACUCCGGCAAUCAAGCACAUCUCCGAAAAGGUUCUGGUUGAGGAGUCUGGGAAACUGAGGUUCCUCAUAGCCCUGCUGGAGAAGCUGAAGGAGGACGGGCAUCAGACUCUUGUGUUCUCCCAGUCCAGGAAGAUGCUUGAUAUCAUCGAGCGCAUCCUGACCCGGCAGCACUUUAAGCUGCUGCGCAUCGAUGGGACUGUGACCUGUUUAGCAGAACGAGAGAGGAAAGUGGGGGAGUUUCAGAAGGACAAAGACUGUUCCGUCUUUCUCCUCACAACGCAGGUAGGGGGUGUUGGGCUCACGUUAACAGCAGCCACCCGAGUGGUGAUCUUUGACCCGAGCUGGAAUCCGGCAACUGAUGCGCAAGCGGUAGACCGAGCGUACAGAAUCGGACAGCAGGAGAAUGUUGUGAUCUACAGACUUAUCACAUGUGGAACUGUGGAAGAGAAAAUCUACAGGCGCCAAGUCUUCAAGGACUCGCUCAUACGGCAAAGCACUGGAGAUAAGAAAAAUCCAUAUCGGUAUUUCACGAAGCAGGAGCUGCGGGAGCUCUUCACCCUGGGAGACACGAGCAGCUCUGCAACACAACUCCAGCUCCAGGCUUUGCACGCCACCCAACGGGAGUCGGACCCGACGCUGGAGGAGCACGUGGCAUUGCUGCACACGCUGGAGAUGUUUGGCCUCUCCGAUCAUGACCUCAUGUACAGCUGUGAAACAGGCCCUGAAGAGCAAGCUGAAGACGAGGAGGCACAUCGGUACAUUGCAAACAGAGUGCAGAAGGCUCAAGAGCUGGUGCAGCUGGAAUCUCAGCUCACGGACGUUCAGCGUCAGAAGUCCCACAGCUUGUGA